AUGGCUUCGCUCGUGAAGAAGAUCAUCACCUCUGCGAAGGCUCCUGCUGCACUGGGCCCCUACAGCCAAGCAGUGCUGGUAGACCGGACGAUGUACAUUGCGGGACAGAUAGGCAUAGAACCUUCCACCGGGCAGCUUGUCUCCGGAGGGGCAAAGGAAGAAGCUAAGCAGGCUCUGAAAAACAUGGGAGAAAUCCUGAAAGCUGCAGGCUGUGACUAUGGCAACGUUGUGAAGACUACAGUUUUGAUGGCAGACAUGAAGGACUUCAAUGAUAUUAAUGAUAUUUACAAACAAU